UACGCCGUGGAGGGCAGCCCGCCAUGCCGGGCCGUCUUCCUCACCCUCAAGGCCAUCGGGCUGGACCACAACCUUAAGAUCAUCAGCAUGCAGGACGGCGAACACAAGACACCCGAGUUCCUCAAGAUGAACCCACAACACACGGUGCCGACCAUGAACGAUAACGGCGUCCACUUGGGCGAGAGUCGAGCCAUCACCACUUACGUUAUGAACAAGUAUGCUCCGGACAGCAAGCUCUACCCCAGAGACGCAGCCGCUAGGGCCCUCGUGGACAGUCGGCUCUACUUCGACCAUGGGCUCUUCGCGUCUUUGAAAGGCGUUUUGUUCCCGCUCCUGUUUAUGAAGAACCUGAAGGAGUCUGAAGCUAACUUCGGGAAGGUGAAAGAAAACCUAGACAUUCUUGAGAUCUUCCUGGGCAGAUCUGCGUAUGCGGCCGGCAGUCAGAUGACGGUUGCCGACCUGGCGCUGUUGGCCAACGUCUCCUCUUUGGAGGCUGCUGAGAUCGACCUGUCUGCCUGGCCCAAGAUCCAGGCUUGGCUGAGCAAGCUGAAGAACGAGCUGCCAUACUAUGCCGUCAACGACAAGGGCGCCAAAAUGCUGGGCGCUGCUUAUCUCAAGGCCAAGGCGGAAUGCCAGGCGAACGAAGCCACGCGCCUGACCCUCUACGCCGUGGAGGGCAGCCCGCCAUGCCGGGCCGUCUUCCUCACCCUCAAGGCCAUCGGACUGGACCACAACCUCAAGACCAUCAGUAUGCAGGAUGGCGAGCACAAGACGCCCGAGUUCCUCAAGAUGAACCCGCUGCACACGGUGCCGACCAUGGACGACAACGGCGUUCACCUGGGCGAGAGCAAAGCCAUCAUGUUGUACGCUCUGAACAAGUACGCUCCGGACAGCAAGCUAUACCCGAAGGAUCCGGCCGCAAGAGCCGUCGUGGACAGUCGUCUCUUCUUCGACUUUGGGUUUUUCUCUUCCAUCAGGGGCAUUGUGUUCCCGCUCGUGUUUAUGAAGAACCUGAAGGAGUCCCAAGCCAACUUCGGCAAGGUGAAGGAAAACUUGGAUGCUCUGGAGAUAUUCCUGUCCAGAUCUGCGUACGCGGCUGGCGACGAGAUGACGGUGGCUGAUCUGGCGCUGUUGGCCAACGUUUCAACUCUGGAUGCUGCUGGUAUCGACCUGUCUGCCUGGCCGAAGAUCAAGGCUUGGCUUGCCAAGAUGAAAGACCUGCCGUACUAUGCCGUCAACGACAAGGGCGCCAAAAUGCUCGAAGCCACGCGCCUGACCCUCUACGCCGUGGAGGGCAGCCCGCCAUGCCGGGCCGUCUUCCUCACCCUCAAGGCCAUCGGACUGGACCGCAACCUCAAGAUCAUCAGUAUGCAGGAUGGCGAGCACAAGACGCCCGAGUUCCUCAAGAUGAACCCGCUGCACACGGUGCCGACCAUGGACGACAACGGCGUUCACCUGGGCGGGAGCAAAGCCAUCAUGUUGUACGCUCUGAACAAGUACGCUCCGGACAGCAAGCUGUACCCGAAGGAUCCGGCCGCAAGAGCCGUCGUGGACAGUCGUCUCUUCUUCGACUUUGGGUUUUUCUCUUCCAUCAGGGGCAUUGUGUUCCCGCUCUUGUUUAUGAAGAACCUGAAGGAGUCCCAAGCCAACUUCGGCAAGGUGAAGGAAAACCUGGAUGCUCUGGAGAUAUUCCUGUCCAGAUCUGCGUACGCGGCUGGCGACGAGAUGACGGUGGCUGAUCUGGCGCUGUUGGCCAACGUUUCAACUCUGGAUGCUGCUGGUAUCGACCUGUCUGCCUGGCCGAAGAUCAAGGCUUGGCUUGCCAAGAUGAAAGACCUGCCGUACUAUGCCGUCAACGACAAGGGCGCCAAAAUGCUAGGCUCUGCUUAUGCCAAGGCCAAGGCGGAGUGCGAGAGCAAGUAACAUGGUCAUCCACUUGUUCAUCGCUG